AUGGCUGAAGCGACAGUCAAGGGAGGUGUCAUCGACAAUGUUUCGCGACUCUCUGAUCCGCAGAAAGAUCCGAAUACUCUCGGAGAGCGAAGAUUGGUUGAUUUGGAAGAUCCAGACGCGGACUUGAGCCAGGAAGAGCGAGAGGCAAUCGACCGUCGCCUUCUGUGGAAGUUGGAUUUGCGACUAGUUCCAUGGUUGAGCCUGCUCUAUCUCAUUUCGUUCCUCGAUAGGACCAACAUCGGCAAUGCAAAGAUUGCCGGUCUGACCAAAGACUUAGAGAUGACCCCCAACCAAUACAAUACAACGCUCACCAUUUUCUUCGUCUCCUAUUCCGUCUUUGAGCCCUUCACCAACGUCCUUCUGAAGCGUCUACGCCCGAGCAUUUUUAUUCCGCUAAUUAUGGUGUCUUGGGGAAUAUGCAUGACAUGUAUGGGUUUGGUAAAAAGCUAUUCCGGAAUAAUGGCAGUACGCUGGUUCCUCGGCCUAAGCGAGGCAGGGCUAUUCCCCGGGGUGGGCUAUUUGUUGUCAUGCUGGUACAAGCGAUCAGAGCUCGGUGUGCGUAUGGCAAUUUUCUUUUCCGCCGCCGCACUGGCUGGCUCAUUCGGUGGCCUACUGGCAGCAGCGAUUGCAAAGAUGGAUGGAAUCGGCGGAAAAUCAGACUGGUCGUGGAUUUUUAUCCUGGAAGGUCUUGCCACAAUUCUCAUUGGUAUCGCUUCAUUCUGGUGUGUUUAUGAUUUUCCAGACCAGGCGAAGUUUCUGUCGCAGGCAGAUCGUGCACGGGUUCUCCGUCGUCUUGCUUUGGAUCAGCAGUCGAGUGCAACGCAUGAGCAUUUUAAGAUGGAUUAUUUCUGGACCAGUGUCAAAGACUGGAAAACCUACACUGGGGCUAUUAUCUAUAUGGGGGCAGAUGGUGCACUGUACGCCUUCUCUCUAUUCGUGCCGACGAUCAUUAGUGAACUAGUGAGUGACUGUGAACAAAACCGCUAUAGUUCGAUCCGCGCUCAGCUUUUGAGUGUUCCCCCAUAUGCAGCAGCAGCUGUUUUGACGGUGGCUGUUGGCUUUAUCGCCGAUCGCACACGUCAGCGAGGUCUUUGCAACAUCGCCGUGUCAACCAUUGGUAUGGCAGGCUUCGGCAUGUUACUGGGCUGCGAGUCAGCGGGUGGGCGCUACGCUGGCAUUUUCUUAGGCGCAAUGGGUAUUUAUCCAGCGAUUGCAAACACCAUUUCUUGGGCUAGUAACAACACUGAAGGUGUCUAUAAGCGUGGUGUGUCUUUAGGCUUCAUUAUCGGCUGGGGUAACCUGAAUGGUAUCGUCUCCUCCAAUAUCUAUCGUGAUGAAGAUGCCCCCCGGUUUUACCCUGGACAUGGUGUUGUGCUCGGCUAUCUUGUGAUCUUUUUAUUUGGUGGCUCUAUCUUGCAGUACUUUCUACUGCGUCGCGAAAACUCAAAGCGUAGGCGCGGAGAACGGGACACCUGGAUUAAGGGCUUGGAUGAAAGCCAGAUCGAGCUACUGGGUGACAAGCGUCCUGAUUUUAUCUAUACCUUAUAG